UCUUCCACAUUUGAUCUGCUCAGCUGUCUUGACGAUAUAACACAAAAAUAAAGGGGACAAAGCUUUUAUUUCCUAUCAAAUAAAUUCCAGUUAGUUGGAGAAGAGCAGAAAACAGUAAAGAACGGAACCUGGUCAAAUCUGAUCUGACUGAAGAAGUUUGUGAUGUUGCACAACAACAUGACUGAAGAGGAAACUAUGGACCCUGACUACUACAAUACAGACUACCCAAACCAGUUGUGUGAAAAAGAUAAAGUGGUGGAAGUUGGAUCCAUUAUUAUUCCAAUCUUCUUCGCAUUAGUGGUCGUGUUAAGCUGCAUUGGUAACAUCCUUGUUCUGGUCAUUCUGGCACUUUAUGAGAGUCUCAAGUCUCUGACCAACGUGUUCAUCCUCAAUUUGGCUCUGUCAGAUCUGCUGUUCACUUUUGGACUUCCAUUCUGGACCUCGUACUUCGUCUGGGGUUGGACGUUUGGAGAGAUUGCCUGUAAAGCGGUGAAGUUUCUGUUCUAUGUUGGCUUUUACAGCAGCGUGUUGUUCUUAACUCUCAUGACCAUUCAGCGUUACAUGGCAGUGGUUCAUCCUCUGUCUGACUGGGAGAAAUGCAGAGGCUUUUCAGUCGCUCCCUUCUUUGUUUGGAUCCUGAGCGGAGGGAUUUCACUGCUCGGAUCAUUAAAUAGCACGGUUAUAACAGAUUCAAAUACCGGUAGUUUAUACUGUGAAUAUAGCAGUGUUAAGAUUAAAUCUAGCAUUGCUUAUUUUCAAAAUGCUUUUUUCUUCUUUGCAUUUCUAAUCAUGGGUUUUUGCUAUGGCAGAAUGCUUAGGACAAUAACAAAAUCUCGGACCAAUAAGAGACACAAGACUGUUAGACUAAUAUUCUGCAUUGCACUGGUGUUCUUUAUUGGUUGGGCCCCAUAUAACAUUGUUAUGUUCUUAAAAUCAUUGACAGAUCAGAAUUUCUAUCAAUUCAAAGACUGUCCAGAAAGCAUUAGACUCGACUAUGCAUAUCAUGCUUGCAGAAUGUUAGCUUUUACACACUGUUGCUUGAACCCUGUGUUUUACGUUUUUAUUGGCGUAAAGUUCAGGAAUCAUCUAAAAGUGAUCCUGCAGAAGAUCUUUAAAAAAAAAAAAAAACUCGAUUUCAGUCAAGCCAGAUUGGCAAAAAACGUAUCGCAGGGUUCAAUGUACUAAGAGAAAACUCAAGUACUUUUAGCGAAUGCAAUGAACCAACAAUGAGUUCUAAGAUGCUGUGAAUGUGUGAAUGAUG